AUGAUCUUCGCUAUUGAGAGCAUAAAUGAAAAUCAAAGUCUGCUACCAAACGUGACACUUGGUUAUGACAUAAGAAACUACUGCGAGAGCACGGCAUUGGCCAUGAAAAUAACUUAUGACUUCAUGCGAGAGAGUGAUACCAGCUGCAUGUGUGACUGGAAUGUCAGUUCUUCUGCAAAGGGUAAUGCCACAAAGAACGUCAAUUCCAAACCCAUUUCCGCGCUUGUUGGUCCUUACAAUUCCGGAAGCGCAGUAUUGGUUGGAAGCUUACUUCAGGUAGCUGACAUUCCUGCCAUCAGUCCAACUGCAACAAGUGUAGAGUUGAGUUCACAGUUAUACAAAGACUUCUUCAGGACGGUUCCACCAGACAACUGGCAGGCAAAGGUUAUGGCAGACCUCAUAGAGCUUUUUAACUGGACAUACGUGGCGGCUGUAGGCCUGGAUGACUCUUACGGUCGAAAUGGUAUUUGGGCACUGGAGAAAGAAUCGUACAACAGGGAAACCUUCUGUGUUGCAUUUUCUGAGUUUAUUCCACGACUAGGCUAUCAAGAUAAAAUCAAGCAAACUGUUGCCAAGAUUAAGCUAAGGCCUAGCAUUGGGGUGAUCAUCGUUUGGCUUUCUGGCGGUUAUGGUAGAGCAUUCUUCGUGGAAGCAAUAAAUGAAAACAUUGAAGAUAGGACAUUAAUACUAAGUGACGCCCUGACAGCCGAGGAGGCAGUCUUUCUUGACCCUCGCUUUAAAAUACUAGACGGUUCUCUCGGCAUACAGCCACGUGACUACCGAGAUCGGGCUUUUGAGGAGCAUCUCAAGAUGAUUACUCCGGCGAAAAGCGUUGAAACCGGGCUGGUGUGGUGGGACGAAUUGUGGAGAUCGCAAUUCAACUGCUCUGCAACACAUUCGAGAAAUUCUGGUGUUGCAGUAUGCGAUGCAAAUCUGACAUCAUACCAUGCAGUAACUAAGAUACGAAGUUCUUUCGUGUCUUACCUCAUCGACGCUGUUUACGCGCUAGCUCAUGCUUUGAACAGUAUCUAUCUCUGCCCAUCCAUAAAAGGUCAGUGCCCCUCCCUGCAACCUGCUGUUAAAGGAAGCGAUUUACAGAAAUACCUCAGAAAUGUCAGUUUUAACGGUUUGACUGGAAAUGUACGAUUUGACAGCUCUGGCGACCCUUUGUCUGCUUCCUACGAUAUUAUUAACUUCCAACGACAGUCGACCACAGAGAUAGCUCACAGAAAGGUUCUGGUCGGCGUCUGGGACAAGGAUGCCAAUCCUAGACUUAAGAUAAAUACCACCAGUUUGCGUUGGAGCCCCUUAGUGAACAAUUUGUCAGGCCCAGUAGCCUUCUGUGCAUCCGAAUGCCUUCCGGGCACUAUGAAGGCGCCUAGCACGCCAUGCUGCUGGGACUGUAUAACAUGCCCACAGGGAACUAUCAGCAGCGAGAUGGGAUCAAAGAGCUGUAAAGAGUGUGACGCGGAGACAAAGCCAAACAAGGAGCGCACUAUGUGUGAGCAUUUACCAACCAUCAACAUCGGUAUAACAUCGGCAACUGGAAUCAGCGUGAUAAUUGUAGCGAUCAUCGGAUUGUUUCUCACUGCAUUGGUUUGUGCAUAUUACGCUAAGUUCUAUGAGACUCCAAUUGUGAAAGCAUCCAGCAGGGAAGUGUCUUUUUUACUGUUGCUUGGCAUUGCGGCACUCUUUGGUUUGUCCAGUUUUGAGCUGGCCAUUCCAAGUAAUUUACAAUGCAGUAUAGCUGCUUUCUGGCGCUAUUCUGCACUCAAUCUCUGCAUAACCGUGCUUUUUGUGAAGACAAUGCGAAUUACCAGUGUGUUCCAGGUCGAUAAAGUUGCGCAGUUGUUUACUCCGUGUUUUAAGACCGUAACGAGACAAACCAUUCUUAUAUCUUUGAUGAACUUUUCCGCCCUUUUAUUGCUAGCACUGUGGAUGUGUGUUGAUCCUCCUGGGCGUGAAAAGAUCAUCCGAUCAGAUGAGCACAUCUUUCUGGUGUGUAAAUUGUUCUACAACAAAAACGGAUUCUCACUGUUCCUAACUGUGUGUAUCUACACGUUAAUAAUCGCUCUCUUGUGCACGUACUAUGCCUUCAAAGCGAGGGGCAUUCCCGAAAACUUUAAUGAGGCAAAGUACAUAGGAUUUUCCAUGUACAUUUUGUUGCUUUCCUCGCUGGCGUAUUACCCAGUGGCGUUUGCUUUUGAGAGCUGGUACGUGACUCUAGUGUCUUGUUGCACUACGUUAGUGAUUUCAUUUGGGUUUCUCAGCUGUAUGUUUGGACCCAAAGUCUACAUUCUUCUUUUUCAUCCUCAGCAAAACACCAUGGAAUCCGUCAGGUCGCAAGUAUCACAAUAUUCGUUUCACGUAUCACGCACAAAAGUUUGGGCUAAACCCGUCGCCUUGGGAAAAACUAAUAGUGCUUUCGAGCUCAGCAAACCCGAAUGAUAAGAGUGCCAACGUUUACCACAUAAAAUUAAUUCACAUUCAUAUUUACUUAUAGACGCGAAUCCUCAACCUAGACGGUUUGCUAUCUAUACAUAUCUACACAUUUUAACCAUGAAAAAACCUUAAAGAUUAUUAAGUGGUCAGCGGAUAACUUUGAGGAAUAUUUCCUCGAUUAAACGCCGGACCCCGAUUAAACUCUGGUCUCGAAAAAAACGCCGGGUCAAACCUGCCGAUUUUUAAAGAAAAGCCUGGGGUGUUUAAUGAGGGCCCGGCGUUUGAUCGAGGUCCCGGAGUCUACUUGGGUUCGAGGUCACAAGCCAUUGGUUAUAAGUAAAUAUAAUCUUUUGAACAGAAUUGUUAAGGCGUACAAGUACAUUAUGUUAUUUGGCGGUAUUUUAAUAAACGUUCAGAGGAAAAAUGCCAACAUAACAAAAGUAGGAUGGAUGUAGUAUAUCAAAAUGUACGCUACGAUAUAAUAUUGUAACUUUGAGUAAGGUACUUACGGUAAUCAUCCUCGGAGAUCCAGGGGCAGGAUGGAAGAACAAUCAUCCCGCCCGCCCUGACAAACUUCCCCUGGUCUCCGCGAAUCGGUAAUAAUAACUCAACCUGAAAAAAAAGUUAAAAUCCUUAUUAACAUAAUGACCUAUUUACAUUCCACUACCAUAGACUAAAAUUUUGAUGAGAUAAAAAUAUUCAAAGAUCCUAAAACACUAAUUUACAAGCUCACGCCAUUAUAGACUUUCUAAAACUAUAGCGGAACACUCUUGGCUAACUUUUAAGCGGUAAUCGUCAUAUCACCAAUUUACAUUCCAUUGAUCAUAGACUAAAAUCCAUAUGAUCUAAAAAUCUAAAACCUGAAAAAAAGUGACAGAAACGUUCAUUAAUAAACGGCCUCGAAAAAACGCCGGGUCAAAAAUGCCCUGAUGCAGGUUAGCUUUUUCCCAUUUUGGGCAGAAGUCGGUUGCCUUAGGUAUCUAACCUGAAGGGCCUAAUGCAAGCUUGGGAAGUGAUGAUGUCUUGGUUGAGAGUAAAGUGCGGAUUAGCAGAAGGUUGCAGAAUGGUUAUCAAGGCCCGACAAGGGCUAACAGGGGAAGGCUGGUCAGGAGCUUAAAGGGACUGACAAGAAAUGCCAGAUACUGAAAAGAGAGGCCAGAUACUGACAUGAGCCGUAAGGAACUGACAGGUGCUAUCGGGAGCUUACAACCGUUGACAGGGGAUUACUGGACAAGGACUAAAGGUCCGGACAGAAGAACUAACGUAGGGCUGACGAGGAAAUAUUUGGUGCGUUGGUUGUUGCAAGCGACGGCCUAAAAGACUACAAGCACAUGCUCGUACAGAGCUUUUCAAACAGCUUAACGAAAAUAAACCAAAAUUAACGUUUUCCCUUCAUAACUAACGGUGGUGAACAAGACGGACCAAAUGGGGGCCGUGAAGCUCUCAGAAACUUAUUUAAGUACAUAAAGGUUAGAAACAAUAGAUGACCCAAACGACCCAAAACAAUGUCACUGGCCCCAAAAGCAAUGACAGGUUAGAACAGUUUCCAUAUCUGACAAGGACUAAUGGUUCACACAGUAGAGCUAACCAAGGGAUGACAAAAGAAAAAUAAAUCAAAAUAAACUCUUCCCACCCACAGAUAACGGUGGUGAACAAAACGGAGCAAUAGGAUGGAACUGAGCUCUCAGAAGUUUUUUUAGAUCCGAUAGCAACAAUAGAUGAAUGACCCAAACGAUGUUCCUGGCCCUAAAAACAAUAACAAUAACAAUGCGUUUUCCAAGGUCAAAGAAAUAGAAGUCUCUAAGAGCUUCGUGGCUCCUGGAGGAACACAUGCAGACCCUACAACCGCCAUUUAAUAAAACACGAAAGUGACUUAAGAGGUACCCGUGCUGUUUUCCGAUUGCUAUCAAGCGGUAAUUAUUGUCCAAUAUAUAUAAUUAUCUAAAAAACAAAACAUGGCGGUGGGCAUUUCCUUUGUUUUCUAUUCAUGAAGCAUUAAUGACAGUUGAAGCAGGGGUGAUGCUUUUUUGUUAGCAUAGAAUGGUUUAAUCAUUUUUGUCACUUUCAAGUGUUUUUAAUUUUCUACUUGGAGGCAGUGAACUGAUUCUAGCUAAAGAUUAAAUCGAGGGCUUUUUCGUUUUCUUAAUUUCUGACUGUAAUUGGGACACUUAAAAGAGAAAAUUUUUGAGCCUGAAAGGUGAAGAAAACAUAUUCUUGUGGCCACUAAAGGUAAUAAAAUAUUGGGUACUGAAGGGAAAGAUGUUGUUUUCGAAAGGUUCAAUGGCAGAGCAUCUUUUGUAAUUAAAAGCAGAACGCACUUAAUCCAAGAAAGAGUUAAAAUGAUAUCAUUUACAAAGGUUAGCAACAAUACAAGGAAAAACAAAUGCAAAAAAGCCUGUGCCAAUGUCAAUUCUUAUUGCAAAGGAUAUGAUAACAAAUUGAGGCCACUGUUUGGACGUUCUCUUCCUUAAUCAGUAAAACCCGGCGAAAUCUUCAUUCUUCACUCAUAACAUCAUUUAAAACCGAACCAUAAUUGGUAAUCAUGGACACGAUUUGCCUAGAAUUAGAGGAGAAACGGCAAAAAAUAGUUUGUUUUUGUUGUUGCUGUUGCCUACCCAAUGCUUAGCCCUUGACAUACACGCUGGGCCAUGUUGUUUAAAGUCGUUGCAAAGAGAAAUUUAAAGAAAAAGGAAACGGAGGAAAUAAUGAUGCAUGAUUAUAUUAACUGCCAGAAAGACAAAUACAAAACAUCGAAUAAAUAUGUAACAGUUAAUUGAAGAAAUGUAAAAAAAGUAGGAAUAGAGGAAAAGAGGCAAAAUAAAACUUUUGACUCUCGAGAAGGUGACAUUUUAGAGGCCAUCUCUGUCAGUUCCCUCUAUUUAUACGUAAUCAGUCACAUGGCUGGGCUUUUUGUGGGACGAAGGAAGUACUUUAAUUUUUCUAGGGUUUUCUAACGUCUUGAGUACCGGUCUGGCCUCGGAGAUCAAACCUCAGACAAGCCCUCUUAGCCAAUUGUGAUGAUCCUCAAUAUAUCGGUAAGAAAAUAGAAGACGAGGAAAAAAUGCUUUUUAGUUAAUAACGAAGUUGUCCCGGCAAUGUAAAAAGUGACGACAACGAGAGGUUGAAAUAAUAAGAGCAAAAAAUUAAUUGCAUGAAUUUUUCAAAGGGAAUGAUUGUUCUUAACGAAACGAAUAACAACAGGCAAUAGAUUUUUUUAAUUAAAAUUAUAGUAGUUGGUCCAGUUGGUCACGCAAGCAAUGUGUGAGAGUACUUGUCUCAUAAAUACAUACAUACAUGUACUUUAUUUAUGCUCGAAAUUUACAGAGUAGCUGUAGAGCUAAUAUCUUCGAGCAAAUAUGUUAAAAUAAAAUAAAAUAUGCUAUAUACCAAUUCCAAUAUUAUUUAUAAACUAUAUACAACGUUAUACAUGCAUUAAGGGAAAUAUAACUUGUAGAUCUAUUGUGGAAAAGCUUCAGUUGUCUCAGUUGCAUUAUUGAAAUGCUUUUCAACGGCACAAUUUUAAGAUAAAUUGCAAGGAAGACAAUUUAGGGGAAUUUCGCCUUAAAAACAAACAUCUAAUGGCGACUCCAUCAAUCUUUGUUUUCUAGCCUCAGAAGCUAACAGAAAUUUUAUUGAAGGUGCCCGAAAGUCUACCCACUUGACAUUAAUUUCCUUUUCAAUUAAAGAGCACCCUAAGAACGAAUAAACAUUAUUAAUAAUUUACUCUCACAUUUUCACCUGGUCUUAAUAUACUUUAUUUUCAACCAAAGUGGACGUUAAUUUUCUACGAGGUAAAAUCGCUCUCAUCUUCGCGCGCACAUCACGGAUAACCCCUUUGAAAAGGACCUCUUGAUGUAAAACAAAAGUUUGGCUUAUUCUGGAGAGCAGCAGCUUUAUAUCCCACGGACACCACACUUUGUCAGUAGCAAAUGUUGCUACAUAACAUAAUUUUUAACAUAACGAUCAUUUUAUUCCAGGCGGCACUGAGGAUAAGGACGAUGACUUGGACAAGAGAGGCUUUCCUCUGCGUCCUACGACUGCCUCUGUUCGUUUUGCUAUUUGGGCACUGUAGAUCUUGCACCCAAGGGUUGAGAGCCUAUAAAGACGGCGACGUAAUGUUAGGUGGCCUAUUUAGUCUUAACAUGGCUGGCAACGAUUAUCAAUGGGGUGACUUUUCCGCUAAAGAACUUGGACGCGCCGAAGCUGUUGUUUUUGCAAUUAACAGUAUAAACAGGAAUUCCACUCUUCUUCCAAACGUAUCCCUCGGUUACGAUAUAAGAAAUUAUUGCGACAGCAGUGCAGAGGCCAUGCAGAUAGCUUAUGACUUCAUGCGUGGUAGCGAUCCAGUAUGUAUGUAUAAAUCGAACUCCACAACAUCCGUAAAGAGUAGUUUCAAUAGGUGGCUGGGAUCCAAGCCUAUCUCAGCACUUAUUGGUCCUUACAAUUCCGCCAGCGCAAUCCUAGUGGCAAGCCUUCUUCAGGUUUGUGACAUUCCCGCCAUUACCUCAACUGCAACUAGUACAGAGUUAAGUUCACAAUUUUACAAAGACUUUUUUAGGACGGCCCCUUCUGAUAGGUGGUUAGCAAAGGCCAUGGCAGACAUCAUAGACCUCUUUGAGUGGACAUACGUGGCGGCUGUGGGCUUAGAUGACUCUUAUGGACUUAAUGGGAUUUUGGCGCUGGAAAAAGAGUCGUACAACAGAAGCACGUUCUGCAUUGCUUUUUAUGACUUAAUCCCACGCCUAGACCACCGCGAGAAGAUAGAGCAGACAGUUGCCAAACUUAAGAUGCACCCUAAAAUCGGAGUGAUCAUCGUUUGGCUUUAUGGCAAAUAUCUUGAAACAUUUUUUGUUGAGGCAAGCAAAAUAGAAAUGCAAGGAAAGACCUUGAUACUAACAGACGGAAAUAGCAUCGAAGAAACAUUUCUCCUGGAUCCCGGCUUUAAAUUGCUUGAAGGUUCUCUAACAAUAGUUGCGUACAACUAUCCUGUUCACUCUUUUGAGCAGCAUCUUAAAAGGGUCACACCUGCAAAAAGCGAUGACGGUGGCGUGCAAUGGCGAGGAGAACUUCGGAGAUCACAAUUUAACUGUUCAAUUGCCAAAUCACUUGAUUUAGGGAUUGCACCUUGCAAACCAAAUCUCACGUUUCACCAUGCGCUUUCUGAGUUACGAAGCUCCUUUGUAUCGUAUGUCAUUGAUGCUGUGUACGCCAUUGCAUAUGCCUUGGAUAACAUUUACCGCUGUAUCGCUGAAAAAGGUUUUCGGAAUGCAAGUAGCUGUCCUUCUAUCCAUCCGACCGUUAAUGGACGUGAUCUACAGAAAUACCUCAGAAACGUCAGUUUUGAUGGUUUGACUGGAAAAGUACAAUUUGAUAAGUUUGGGGAUGCUUUGUCUGCAUCAUACAGCAUCUUAAACUUCCAACGUUCAUCAGCCACAGACAAAUAUCUCAGAAAGGUGCAGGUGGGGACUUGGGACAAGAACGCAAUUCCUAAACUCAGGCUAAAUACAUCACUUUUGCGAUGGAAAAGAUUCUCAAAUCCGGUAUCUUUCUGUUCAUCUGAGUGCUUGCCAGGCACCAAAAAGGAAAUGACUUUGCCAUGUUGUUGGGACUGCAUUAGGUGUCCACACGGAACAAUCAGCGCCAAGAACGGAUCUGACAACUGCACAAAGUGUGAAUCAGAUGCAAAGCCAAACGAGGAGCGCACACUGUGUGAAAAAUUACCAGUCGUCAACAUCAAGCUCACAACCACCGUUGGAAUCAUCCUAGCGGGGAUUUCUUCCAUCGGAUUUGUUUUCACAUUGUUAGUUUGCGGCAGCUACAUGAAGUUUUAUAGCACCCCAGUUGUGAAGGCUUCUAACAGAGAGAUCUCUUGUCUGUUGCUGUGUGGAAUUUCAUCCCUAUUUAUUCUUGCUGUUCUUGAACUUUUGGAACCCAGAAAUUCUCUUUGUAGUGCCAAAACCUUCUGGCGCUAUUUUUCUCUCAACCUUUGUAUCACAGUUCUGUUUCUGAAAACGAUGCGAAUAACAAGCGUGUUUGAGGUUGAUAAAGUGGCGCAGUUGUUUGCACCGUGUUGCAAAACCUUUACAAGGCAAGUCAUUUUUCUUUCAGCCAUGAAUCUAGCUUCCAUUUCUUUACUUGCCCUGUGGAUCUUUUUCGAUCCCCCAACGCGUAAAAAUAUCAUCCGCUUCGAAGAGUACGUCUUUCUUGUGUGCAAACCAUUU